GCCCGCAACCAACUUAACAUUUCAAGAAUUUCUAUUUGGUUCAAGAAACCAAAAGGCAGGCGAAACGUUUAACGAGUGGCUAACAGAACUGCGUGUGUUAGCGAAGAACUGUGAAUUUGGGAAUCUUGAAGACCGCAUGUUGCGCAGCCGAAUCAUUUUGGGCACAACGGAUAAGAGCCUGCAGCAAAGGCUGAUAGCCGAAAACCCGACGUACGAAAAGACUGUCGACAUAUGCCGUGGGCAUGAACAAGGCAAAGAGCAUUUUCGAGAGAUAAGUGGAGCAACAGGAUCCAGUGAAGGCACCUUUGUAAACGCAGUCGCAAGAGAAAAAAAUGUUUUGACAUGUGUCCAGCAAGAGGAAAAACCUGCCGAAAGUGCGGACGGCUGAACCAUUUCGCUAUAGUAUGCAGGUAGCCGCGGAACGUCAGCCAACAAAUGCGAGAGCUACGAGCAGAAGACACAGAUUUUUUUUUACAAACGUUGACUGUCGGUGCAAUAGCUACUGAUGACUGGAGCGCAACUGUGUACAUUGAGGGCCAUCCCAUCACAUGCAAGCUAGAUACUGGCGCCAACUGUUGUGUCAUUUCAAGAAGCGAUGUUGCAAAACUGCCAGAUAAACGUCAGCAAGCUUGCAAUGUUAAGCUCACAGCAUUUUUUGGGCACACAACAGCCGCGCAUGCGCAAGUUCACUUGACACUUUCGGCCAAUGCCAGAACCAAAGAACAAAUGUUUUUUAUUGUCGAAGAAGACGUCCCUGCCACUUUGAGUGGUGCAGCAGCUGAAAGUCUUGGCUUCAUCUACCGUAUGCGAGACAUACAGCAAGAACUCUACCCGCCAGUGCAACCUUUUGCAGACGUCUUCGAAGGACUCGGGCAGCUAAAAGACUUCGAGUACGACAUGAAGCUCAAGCCAGGCGCAGUGGGCGUCGUCGUUCCAGCGAGGAGAGUCCCCGUGGCUCUUCAGGACAAGGUCAAGGCCGAGCUGCAGCGCAUGGAAACCCAAGGCGUCAUAACAAAGCCUGAAGUCCGCUACCUCGGGCACAUUCUUAGCACUGAAGGCCUCCGCCUGGACCCAGGUCGAGUGAAGGACAUACUGGAAAUGGAAGAGCCAAAGAAUUCUUCGCAGCAGCGCCUGAGGGACCUUCGUGCGGCAACGAAUGACGAUCCUGCCCUGGUCAAGCUUCGAGGUUACGCCGAAACAAGCUGGCCUGAAAAGAGAGAGGUGCCCGAAAGUGUUCGUCAGUACUGGUCCUACAAAGAGGAACUGCACACACAGGAUGGUCUUGUUUUUCGCAGCAACAAGAGACUCAUGGGACGGCAGACCAGGACCCUAUUGCCUGUACCAACCAGCCACCUGGAACCAGAGGCAGUUCCAAGCAAAGCCGUUCACAGCAGGCUCCAGGAGAUCCGUCAAAGCCAGAAGGUGUAUUACAACCGUGGAACAAACGAUCUACCGCCCCUUUCUCCAGGCCAGCCAGUGUCCACAUACCCUCCAGCGAACGUGGUCGCCUGCGGUACUUCUAAGGCCAGCAAACACGCCCCGCCUGCUGAAGCCUGGCAGCCACAGUUCGACCCGCCUCUGCCACCGUUCCGGACAUACAACCUCGAGUCCUGGUUUGAGGAGUUCGCGGUGGCGUUGGAGCUUAACGGCAUCUGGCUGCAGGCAUUCAUGUUUGAGGUACUAGAGUACCACCUUCCGCGUGACCUCAAACGCAGCCUCACCUACUUCGCGUGGCGCCCUCGCCCUUACGAUGACCUGCGGGACGCCGUGCUCGAGUUUUACGGCAUCGCACCCGCCGCAGCAGCCACGAGCCGGCGGCACCCGCGGCAGCAGGCGAACCCGCAGCAGCAGACGAACCCGCACCAUGGCCAGUCGGAACUGUUCCCCAGCCGAUAA